GUUUGUAGUUAGGAGUAGUAUAAACUAGCGCAUGACCAGGUGAGAUCGAAGCCAUAUCUCUGCAGUUCCCGUCACUGUCCGCCCUGGUCUGACCCAUCAAGAACAUUCUCUCGAUCGGCGGUCAAUUCUAGCGGUUCGCCGAGCUAGGAUCGAUCACUGUCUGUCUGUCGAUCGGUGAGGCCGGCAAUGGCGGAGAACAACGGCGCGGUGCCUCCCGGCUGCAAGCUCCCGGCGGGAGGAUUCUUCGGGAGGCUGCACGUGCUCGUCGUCGACGACGACGCCGCCUACCUCGAGGAGCUCAAGCUUAUGCUGCUCCUCGCCGGCUACGCAGUGACGGGCAAGACGACGGCGGAGGAAGCGCUGAAAGAGGUGGACCAGAAUCCGGAGGAUUACUUCCACAUCGUCAUGACCGACGUCCACAUGUCAGGAAUGGACGGCUUCGAUCUCCUCCACAGGAUCAACGGCCGGGUCCCUGUCAUCAUGUUCUCCGAGGGCGAAGAUGUGGUGAUGGUGAUGAGGACGGUGAUGAACGGCGCAUGCGACUACAUGGUGAAGCCGAUGACAUCAGAGGCGAUCAAGUUCAUAUGGAAGCACGUCCUGCGCUGGAGGCUCAGCGCCCUCCCCGCGAAUGCCUCAUCAUCCCUGCAGCCAAGCGAUCACCUGGCGGCGGCUCUAGCGGCUGUGGCGCCGCCGCCGCCGCCGGCGGUGCAGCUGCCGGCCGCACCGGCGCAGGCUGGGAACAGGGAUGGCGAAGCUCAUGAGGAGGCAGAGUUGUCGACACAGCCUCCUGCGCUGGUGCCAUCUGGCGUUCAAGAGGCGGCUGCAGCGGUAUGGAGCAGCCGUGGUGAUGGACAAGAGGCGCCGCCGCCGGCGGUGGCUGCGGCGGCGAAGGCCCCCUCGAAGAAGAGGGGCGCGUCAGAAGUGUCGGACAGGGGCUCCAACAAUUUGGAGGCGACGACGGGGAGGAAGAAGGUGAGGACAAGGUUCACAUGGACGACGGUGUCGCACACAUCGUUUGUCAGGGCAUACGAGCAGCUGAAGGACCAAGAAGGUCCAAAGAAGAUAAAGCAACUGAUGGAACUUGAUGGUAUAUUUGUAACUAAAACUCAAGUCUCAAGCCAUCUACAGAAAUACAGAAGCUGGUUAGAAAAUGAAAGAAAAAAGGAAGAAGCAACAAGCAGCUCACCAUGCAACCCACUGAGUUACACCAACUGCCUAGAUAGAGGUUAUAGUACUUGGAAGCAAAGUUCAGUCAUAACUGAAGGACAGCAAAGUUCAAGUUUUUCUGGACGGCCUAUUCAUUCCAUGGCCACAUCAAAUGGUUGUCUAACUACGACUGAUACCCAAGCAGGCAACUAUGUGGGAGUGGGAGCUAAAGAAAUCGAGAAUUUCAUUUCCAGCCAUCAGAGAUCUCUAGGAACUGCAAUUGGUCAAGAAUCAACUAUUGAACAGGCAAGCCUUCAUAGUGAGAUUACAUCAGUCAGUCGUGAUGCUCAUGAAAAUGGAAACAGCCAGGCUAGAGGAAGUGCGAUGAGCAAUGGUACUUCAGGUACUCGUGGUGUGCUUGUUACAAAUGAGAACCUCCUGCAUGUUGUUAGUGCAUCGUUGCCAUCAAACAUGGGACAGCCAACGCAACCAAGUCAAAGCUUCUGCACCAAUGAAUUGGCAGCUAACUACAGUAUUAUUAGUGAUCAAAACCCUGGGACUAGCCAUCCAACUAGCUCUAGUGCUAUCAAUAAUCAAAACUCUAAGACCCAAGAAAUGUCUGUUUCACAAACAGUAGAACUUGGGUGUGGCAACGAUGUGAUGUUGGAUUGGCCAGAAUUAGUUGGACUGGAAGAUCAGCUGGAUAAUGAUGUGCUAAUGAACAGCUUCUUUGAUGGAGACUUACUCCAGCAGGGUGUAGUUACUGCUAUAGAUGGGACGCAAGAGAUGCUUGCUUUUGAUUCUACCGGUGACUUGGGCUCAGUGCCGCCAAGAGGCCUUAACAACGAAAUUGCCAGCCAUGAGAAUACCAAUGGAAAGAACGGCGCAUCUAGUGGACCUUGAUUGAAGGCAUGUUGAAUGAUCUGGAACUUCAGCGGUGAACUCCACAUCCUGUAUUAUCUAGUGUAGUACUAAUUGUCUUCCUAAAAAAUUUGCGGUCAGCUUUUAAUUGGAAUUUAGUGAGGCCAAGGAUUUGCUACUGCCUCUGUCUCUUCAAUUUAGCUUGUGCUAAUUAGAAGCACACUUGUAGGUGUGUGUAUCUAUGCGCCUUCCAUGUAAUCGCAAAAUAAAUAUUUUACCCUUCUGAUCC